GAUCUCCAUUCACAGGAUCCGCCGAUUAUGUUGUUGAAAUGAAGUCUGAAUGUCACUUCAGGAACGGCACUCAGAGGGUGAAGUUUCUUGACAGAUAUUUCUACAAUCAGGAGGAGUCCGUCUACUUUGACAGCGAUGUCGGAGAUUUCAUAGCGAAGACGGAGUUCGGGAGACCCGACGCCGAAUACUGGAACAAGGAUAAGGAUUUCAUAGAACAAACAAGGGCCGCAGUGCAGACAUUCUGUGUACACAACUAUGGUGUCCUACACAGUGUCACUGCUGACCGGAGAGUGAAGCCAGCAGUCAAGGUUUCCCUAAUGCCCGACUAUGAAGAUUCCCAUUCGGAGCAUCACAUGCUGGUGUGCAAUGUGCACGGUUUCUACCCAUCGAAGAUCGCCGUCAAAUGGUACCGGAAUAGCCAGGAGGAAAAAUCUCAGGUUCAGUCUACAAACAUCUUCCAAAAUGGAGAUUGGACCUUCCAGGUCCUGGUGAUGCUGGAGACGGAGAUAAAGAAAGGAGAUAACUUCAGCUGUGAGGUCUAUCACAGCAGCCUGGGAGCACCAAUCAGAGUAGACUGGCAACCCCAGAUGUCAGACUCGGCAACAAACAAGGUGGUAACCGGAGUUGUGGGAUUUGUGCUGGGGAGCGUACUCAUCAUUGCCGGAGUGGUUGUCUAUAUGAGAGGUCGCAAAGCUCAAAUGACAUUCCGCGGACCACAGACUGAGCAUUUCAUACACUCAUAACUGAGAGACGUUUUGUUGCUACUUUGCUGAUUUUAUCUU